CUUUCCAUUCUAUUUUCUCUCUAUCCAAACAAUAAUCAUGACCAAUUAAUCAGGGUCAUGACAGUUUUAUCUUGGGAUAUGCCUGAGUUUGAUUUUAUCAGAAAAAAAUAAUUUGCAAAGAAACUCUAAAUUAGAGACUACAAAAUAAAUUUAUAAUAAAUAUUGAACUUACUAUACAAGAUGCCAAAUAUAAUUAAUCAUAUAUAAACAAUAUUCUCUUUAGUUCAACAAUGCAACAUUUUUUUUUUGAGAAGACUCAACAAUGCAAUAUCAUUGUUUGAAUGUUGGCUGCCUCGUAAUAUAAACUUGGCUACUGUGUAUCUAGUUCUGGUAUUUAUGUAUGACAGAUAAUAUUACCAUUUGUAUUUUGAUUACUCGAGUCCAAUUGUCGAUCAGAUUGUGGUAAUUUUCAAUCAGAAGUACUGCAGAAUUCCAAUUCUUACAGAACACUCUCUGUGUGUCUUCUAUAUAUGUCUCAAACUAUAACUUCAUCGGAAGAUCUUACCCAGCAUCCAUUACUGACCUCAUCAUCCACAUCAAUGGAGUUUCAAGACCAACCAAUCAAAUCCUACUGGAGAUGGAGAAAGCAGGACUUUUUCCCAGAACCCACUUUCCAAAACCUCUCCACUUACACUUGCGCACUCUCUCAGACCUAUCCUCGCCUCAAAGACCGCCUUCUCUCUCGCUCCUCAGAAACCAACGAGCUCGUUACUCUUCAGAAAGAGAGUGAGAAUCCAUUGCGCAAGUGUCUCACUUGGUGGGACCUCAUGUGGUUAAGUUUUGGCUCUGUUGUUGGCUCUGGUAUCUUCGUCAUCACUGGUCAAGAAGCUCGAGUUUCUGGUCCUGCUAUACUUCUUUCUUAUGCUAUUUCAGGUCUCUCUGCAUUGCUUUCUGUGUUCUGUUAUACUGAAUUUGCUGUUGAGAUUCCUGUUGCCGGCGGCUCUUUUUCUUAUCUUAGGAUUGAAUUAGGUGACUUUAUUGCUUUUCUUGCUGCUGGUAACAUUCUUUUAGAAGGUGUUGUUGGUGCUGCUGGCUUAGGAAGAUCUUGGUCUUCUUAUUUCGCUAGCAUGAUUAAUACCAAAAAUUCUGACUUUUUGAGAAUUAGAAUUGAUUCUUUCCCGGAUGGGUUUAAUCUCUUAGAUCCGAUAGCUGUUGUUGUUCUUUUGGUGGCUAAUACCAUAGCAAUGACUGGAACUAAGAGGACUUCUACUUUGAAUUGGCUUAGUUCUGUUGUUACUGCUUGUAUAAUCGUUUUUAUUAUUGUCGUUGGCUUGGUUCAUGGCAAGAGCUCAAAUUUGGUUCCAUUCUUUCCAUCUGGACCAAAGGGCGUUUUUGAAGCUGCAGCUGUUGUAUACUGGUCUUAUACAGGUUUCGAUAUGGUUGCUACUAUGGCUGAAGAGACUGAGAAGCCAUCAAGAGAUAUACCAAUUGGGCUUGUUGGUUCAAUGUCUAUGAUCACUGUGGUUUAUUGCUUGAUGGCUUUGGCGUUGACCAUAAUGGUGAAAUAUACGGAAAUUAAUGCAGAUGCCGCGUAUUCAGUUGCUUUUGCCCAAAUUGGCAUGAAUUGGGCUAAAUAUUUGGUAAGUAUAUGUGCACUUAAGGGAAUGACUACAAGCUUGCUGGUCGGAUCUCUCGGACAAGGAAGAUACACUACUCAGAUUGCAAGGUCUCAUAUGAUUCCUCCCUGGUUUGCUUUAGUUCAUCCAAAAACUGGAACACCCAUCAAUGCUACUCUUUUGGUAACUAUACUCAGUGCUAUUAUAGCAUUUUUCUCUAGUUUGGAUGUUUUGUCAAGCGUCUUUUCUUUCAGCACACUCCUUAUUUUCAUGCUUAUGGCUGUUGCAUUGCUUGUGAGGCGAUAUUAUGUGAAAGAUGUCACCUCAAAGAAAAAUUUGGUUAAAUUUCUUGCGUGCUUGUUCAUCAUUAUUGGUUCUUCAAUUGGAGUAACUACUAUUUGGAGUUUAAAUGGGAGAGGAUGGAUUGGAUACGUGGUGACUUCUGUCCUUUGGUUUUUGGGGACCCUGGGAAUGGCUUUGCUACCAAAGCAACAUGUUCCAAGGGUUUGGGGAGUUCCUCUGGUUCCAUGGUUACCAUCAUUGUCAAUCGCGAUGAAUUUGUUUCUGAUUGGAUCUUUGGGUGUGGUAGCAUUUUGGAGGUUUAUUAUUUGCAGCGCAGUAAUGAUUUUGUACUAUUUGUUUGUUGGUGUGCAUGCAACUUAUGAUUUGGCUCACCAAAACCAGGAAGAAACAAAGAUUGAAAGUAGAUAAAGUUCAGAAAACGUGAAAGCAGGGUUGGAGAGUAUUAACUAUGCUUACCGAACAUUUCAAGAGGAAAAAUAGUAUUAAGCAUGAAACACAUAAUGGAUGCUGAUGUUUAGGGCCGGACGAGGUAAAUUGAAGAAUAUUUGGUGUCAAGAACCAUUUCAACUUAAGAUAGCAGUUGCAGGAGACUUGUCAAACUCUGGUAGCUCAUAAGGCUAUUAUUUUAUAUCUUUGAUUUGUCAUUUUUCUGCAAUCUUUCUAACCAUGUUCCAUUAUCGUGAUGAGAAAUAUCACAAGUAAAUUAAUUAAGUGCACCCAAACAUUGAAAAAUCCAUAUAUUGUGAGAAAAUAUUUGGACGUCUUUCUCUUUCAGUGUUGUCUACGGACUAUUAAGUUUCUUGCAAUAUUUUAUUUUGGACUCACUUGCCAUGAAAUCUCAUUAUGUACUGAACUUUCGAGUUGUCAAAAGUAAUUGGA